AUGAUGGACGGAAGCUUGAUUGUCAUUCAAAUACUUGUCUUCUUGGACCUGUUUAAGCACUCAUUUCUCUGUUCUGGCAGGAGCUUUGCAAAGAAGCUCAGCAAGCAGAACAAUAUAAUUGCCAGCAUUUGCCGAUCAAAGAUCCGCAGGAAUAGAGAAUACCCAGCGAAAACCUACUCGCCUCCGACGGCUUCUGUGCUGAUGUUGGGUUCGGGAUUUGCACCCGCUUUCCUCAAUGGGGCAAAAGAUGACGGCCGCGGAGGCGGCGGCGACGGCGAAGGCGAGGUUGCCAUGAUGGAGCACCUAUUCGACAGGGUGCUAACACCGAGCGACAUGGGCGAUCUGCUCAUGAUCCCACGGCAGCACAUCGCGAAGCUCACCAAUGUGCCGGUGAACAGCGAGCAGGCAGACUUCGUCGUCUUGGAGGACAGAGCGGUGGCCGGAAAGCUGUGGCGCAUCGACUCCUACACUAUCAGCGACCGCCUGGGCUUGACCAAAGGUUGGGGCCUGGGCUUCUUCGUCAAGGAGAAGGGUCUCGCCGCCGGGGACACCGUCUCUUUCUUCCGCGGCGCCAUGGACGGACGCCUCUUCAUCGACUGCAGGCGCCGCCAGCCAGAUGUCUGGACCCCACGCUCUGUGUCUGCCGACGAACUGCACCGCGGCAUCUUCCCCUGGCCGCCGGCUGCCAUCAGUUACGGCGGCGGCCACGAGGGUCGUGUUGACAUGCCCGGUCCCGUCGUCAACCAGGCGACGCCGGAGAGUCCGCAGCAGCAGGUCCCGUGCUUGGGUCUCGAUGAAAUGCCAGCACACUUGCUGCCGAGGCGGCGUCCGCGGCGCAACAGGGUGCAGCCGGACGAACCCGUGGUCAUGGUAGAAACCCCCACCAUUCUUGAAUCAUCGCCGCUCGUGCACAGCCCGGAAGCCAAGCGCGUGCGCCUGUUCGGAGUCUACCUAAACUAG